AUGUCGCUUAAUCCGAAGUCUGCGGCUUGGCUUCCGCAGGAGAUGAAUAUUUCCAGCGAUGAGAGCGAGGAGGGAACCAAGUCCCGGACGGUUGACCAAGCUGUGGUGCAAAGCCCCGGAUCUUCUCAGCAUGCUUUCUACUCGCAGGGCCAACAUAACGAAAGAACACUUUCUCCUCCCCGAGCUGGUGCAGGGUUGCCAAGUAGCCAGUCUUGCCUGUCAGCCUCGGCUCUUUUGAGUCCCAGCUCCAGUGGCAGACCUAGCUACAUUGGCUCUGUCUCUGGGACCACGAGCAGCCCUGAGUACGGCAGACUUGGGACACUGACGGAGCCGCGAAAUUUUGCUCCUCAAACCUCGGGGCUCUCUGCAGCGGUUACGAGCGAACCGCCGCCAAAGUUCGACCUUGGUCUUGCAAGUGUUGUUCGAAAAAGCGACACGCUUUCUGCCAACGAACGGAAUACUCUGCACACAACGUAUAAUCCUCUCAAGGCUGACCUGGAUAUUGGGGGCGGCGCCAUUGUGCCCUUUGCCAGUCAUCGUGAUGUGUCCCCUUACGGCCAAGUCCAGCGUUUGCGCUCUGACACGCUCAAUCGUUUGACAGCUACAGAAUCCGGGUUACCUAUCCUCCAUACUGCCUUGGACCCGCAGUAUUUCCCUUUUCUUGAGGGUGCUCGUCAGGCCGUGGCCGUUAACCAUGGCGUUGUGAAGCUGAAGAAUAUUCCUUUCGCUACGAAACGAUCGGAAGUCAUCGCUUUCUUGGGACGGAACUCCAAAAUUCUUAAUGACUCUGACGAGCCUGUCCAUAUUAUUAUGGAGCGAGUGACCAGCAAAACCAUGGACGCAUAUGUUGAGUUUGUUUCUCUUGACGAAGCCAACAAGGCAGUAGAGAAGCACCAACAACACUUCCUCAGCGGCCGCGUGAGUCGGCUUGGCGAUCGACCGGUCGACGUGGAGCUGUCCAGCCAGGAAAGUCUCAUGAAGGAUUUGUUUCCCCUUGCCAAAGGCAUUGUGUGGAACGGAGUGUCUCCUCAAUUCAGGCAAUUUAACCCCAAAGAACCAUGGGACAACUUCAAGGGCUUCGUGUCUGAGGAAGAGAUGAUUAUGCUCGUGAAGCAUGUCGAGGUCCCUCAUCGCUCUCCGUUCUCCAAAGACUGCCCACAGCGUCCAUAUGAGUGCUUGAUUAGCACCUUGAAGAAAUUCCCUUGGUAUGCUACGGAUCGCAUCACCAUCAGCCAGAGACAGUCUAUAUUUAAGGCCACCUGCGAACUUGCCAGGCUGCUGUCUCGCAGCAUCCAGAGGCAGGACGAUCAGGUUAACCUGACCGAUCAGCUUUAUCGCCGGCUAAUCACCGCGGCCAUGAAAUGCCCUGGCUUCACAGCUCUCAUGAAGGACGACAUUGCGUACCUGGCCAACUUGUCAGAGAUGGAAGAGCGCCAAUACAACCAGCCACGAUUUGCGAACUGCUGGCGCCAUCAGUACAGCCUUGUUCCAAAACCGGGCAUGCCACUCGAUGUGAUUGAGUGGUACAUUGCCAUGAUUCGGGAGCAGACGCAUCGCGACAUGGUGGCGCGUCCUCACGCUGAUCGCACUAUUCUCCUGGAAAGAAGCCAGGAUACUGACAUGUACUGGGGAUACUUUUGGGCCGAGGUUGGCUUCAUGUUCGGGCCGACGUUUGACCAAAUGACUUUGUCGCAGGCAGCUCAGGAAGAGUUCACUGCGGUUGAGCGCAUCCUCGCUCGCGCGCUGGCUCCCCAGUAG